AUGACCAACCCACCCCCGCGACUAAUCGCUCUCUCCCAAUCCCAGCUAAUCCUCAUAAAUGACGUUAACAAGCUCGAUUACGUGGCUUUGAACAAGGAUCUCAAUUUACUCUUCAACUCCCCUAACAACCUCGUCUUGGCUGGUCAUGACGGCGUUUUUCAAUUUGAUCCCUCAAUUUCCAAUUUAUCAAAUCUAGUUUUACCUGUUACCUCCCCUUCCUCCCCACAUCACAUUGAACCAAUCACCGCUAUUGACGCGUCUUCAAACACCCUCUACUUUGCUAGAGAACAUAAUGUUUACGCCUCUGAUACUCUCCAUAAGCGUAUCCAACUCCUUUAUCAAGGCCACACUGGUAUAAUCCUAGAGCUAUCCCUAUCAACCCACCAAACCCACCUCGCUAGCUGCUCAAAAGCAGGCGCUUUAAUCCUCCACGAUUUGAUCCAACACUCGUACCACAUCCUUAAUUACUCCCCACGUGAAUCCUUAUCCUGUUGCGCGUUUUCCCCGCACUUCAAUUUCAUCCUAUGCACUGCUACUGCGUCAGGAACACUCCUCAUACACAACACGUCAUUCUUAAAUGACCCUCCUUACUUGAUCUUCCCCAAGCUUCACCCCUCCCCAAUCACCUCCAUCGCCUACUCUCACGCUUCAAAAUCUUUAAUAGCAACUGUCUCAAAGGACGGCUGGAUCGCUGUGAUCGAUAUCGAGACUAAAUCCGUAAUAAGAGUCAUCAACACCACUCACAAUCUCACUUCACUAGCCUUCGAAGGCGCUCUUCUCGUAGCUGGUACUGCUGAUGGUAGAAUUUUCAUUUACAAUUUAAGAUCUGGUUCAUCUCCACAGACUAUUAACUGCUCUAGCCAUCCCAUCGAUGCACUCAUCUUUCAAAAAGAUAAGCGGAAGCCAGUUGGUCUUAAAGCGCGCGAUUAUGCUGUACAUUUCGCUGAGCCGCUAGUGACUGAUCAAUCAAAGGAUGAUCGCUUGACACGUGAUAAAAAGAGCAACUCUUCUUCUAACCUCUCAGCGUUAGCGAUGAAUCCUGCUCGCCAUUCACUAUCCUCUCUCAUAUCUUCAAGUGCAGUUCCACUACCACCUUCUAAAGAUCCACCAAGAGACACACAAAAAGAUACACAAAACAAAGAACUUUCAACUCAAAACCUACCAGUGUACAUGCCCUCAAGCGCAGGUGCACUGCGUCCUAACGCCAAUCUCACCGAUAAAGUUAACUCUGACGAGCAACUUCAUACAAGAUCUAGGCGUACAUCUGGCAACGCCGUCUCUCAACCACGUCCAGUCUCUAUGGCCAACAGCACAGACAGUCACCUCGCCACAGUUAAUGCCUCACUUAAUCCAAAUGCUAGUCUACCAAGAAGGCGCAGACAUAGCAGCAGAUCUGAGAAUAGACCGCGCAUCGAUGAGGUAGAUUGGUUUAAGGAUCUUCGAGAGAAUCGAGAGAAAGAAAAGACUUCGAAGCAAACAGCUGCGCCGGUUAGUUAUCACAACAACAGUUUAAAAAGGAGUGGAAGCAGCAGCUCGUUGCGUCAAUACGGCCACAAUCAUAGCCGCACCAAUUCCAUUGACAGGAACGCUGAGAAACCGGCAUCCUUACAAUCCACUCAGCCGUCACAAGAGGAAACGCUCAAAAAGUUGAUUGAAAGCGCCAACGCUCUGAGCUUAAGCACUGAAAUUCAGAAAGCUAGGGAUGUACUGGAAGGUGAUUACAAAAUCAAACUAGAGAGUUACUCUCAAGAGAUACGUAAGCUUCGUUCAGAAAAUGCACUGCUCAGGAGAGAAAACGAUAGAAUUCGGCGACAAUGA